AUGGGUGGACCCCACCUGCAAGGUCCUCCUCCAGAUGGAGUCUCUGGACAUGGCGGGAAGGAAUCCUUCAGGCUCCACCCCCACGGGGACGUCUGGAAGGGUCUGCAAGAAAAAUCCCGAGGGAAUGCUGGUCGUGAUCCCUAUCUGCCGUCUACACUGCCGUCCCACUCCCUGGCUGGAGCCCGAGGAGUCCGUCCCGACAGGGCGCAGCGAGGGCCUUUCAGGCUCCCUGGCUUUCUGCGAGCACCGCGCCCUCUGAUACGCGACCAUGUCUUGCUCACUGUGGGAACGCAGCAAGAGCUCCUGACCAGCGUUGUUUCUCAUCUCGCCAGUGAGGCCCUGGACCACUGCAGACAGGUCCCUGCAGACGGUGCCAGGCCCUGGAGUGGCUCUCCAGCUCUCGGGCAGGGGAUGGGCGACCCCCAGCACCAGAUGUCGGCAGAUCGCCUUCAAGGUCAUUGGCGGUUCAUGAAUAUUCCUACUGAUUCGUGUCCUCACCAGUGUUUCCUACUCAGUCUCUCCAAGUGUUGCCAACCGAAGGAGGAGGAGUGUGUUGACAGAGCUUGGGGCUCGGCGGCCGCAGGAGUCAGAGUUCCGGCCAGUGAAAGAGAACAUACCUGGCAAGAAGAGCCUCUCGCUGGUGUCCCCUUCAGUCCGGAACAACGGUAUGGCCGAGACCAUGUUUAAUUCGGUGACAAUAACAGCUGCCACAACCACACCAUGUUAAGACUCACAGCAGCAACAGGCGGAAUCUCUUCAGUCUGAUAACCCGGGAGUCAAGAAGACGGGGUUCAGGGUGGAAAGUGGACCUUGGAGCCAUGUUGGUCAACGCUCACUGCCUCUCCAGGAGGAAAAUCCUGAUUCGCAGCUUUUGCUGGUUUCCAUGGUGCAAAUAUUCCCAUCAGGGCCAAUUUCAAGCACAGGGUGACGUCCCAGAACCCAGCGCUGGGGAAGGCUCCAUACAAUCAGCUGCCCUGAGUGUCCAGACCAGUUCAGCCCACAGCUGGCAACGAGCUACCGCUUCUCUGCCGGCACCAAGUGUUUCAUCGGAAGAGGCCCUGCCAUGUUCCGCUGUGUAGACGGGCUCCGGAGAGCCGCGCGGCAUUAUCUCGUGAGGCGCUCAGGCUGCAUCCAGAAAUGUUUGCAGUACCCCCUCCCCCGGAGCUGUGGGAACAGUGCUUUCUGCACUAUUGUUGGUCAGAGCAGAGGAGUGGAAACAAUUUAAAUGUCCAUCGGUAGGAAAAAAUUAUGAAUAAAUCAAAGAACAGUCAUUCACUAGAAGAACACCAUCUAGCCUUUGAAAUCAAUAAGCUAAUAUAUGUAUCAAGAUGGCUGUGCCUUGGGGCGCCU